UCACUCACUGGCUGACAGUUCGAUUCCACCUAAGGGUAUUCAAGUUCGGGCUAAUCGCACGAGGGUGGCGAACAUGGUCCUUCGUUUUGACAGGUCGUGAUAGGGUCUCACGAUGAACAGAUUCGAGUACGCCGAUUCCCGGCUCAUGCCGAAUGAGGUUUACGCGAGACGCGACAUGGCCGUGCGUCUCUACGACGGCGAUACAAAGACUAACUUCGAAGGCGGCGAACUAAUCUUAACUAGUCACAGAAUACUCUGGGGCAGACCCGGUGAUAUACCACGAGGUAAUACGUGUUUGUCGCUGUCGCUUCGAUAUGUCGUUUUCUUCGAGGAAGAGAAUCCCGGACCGUUCUCCUUUGGACGUAGUAAGAAGAUUAUAUUACAUCUCUCUGAACCUGCUGUUGAUAAAAUGCCUGGUCCGGCGGAUAAUAGUUUGUAUAAUUAUGUCAAACUGUCCUUUAAAGAAGGUCUAGAUUCACAUUUUAUAACUCAAUUAUCCGAUACUAUUAUAAAACGAGUAUGGGAAACUUCUACCACAGGACUAAUUGUACUUAACAAUGCGCACGAUAAUCAAGGAAAUUCAAAACUGCUACCGCAGAUAAAACCGCGAACGGGUAUUAUUGGUAUCGAGAGAAGUUUACAAGCGAAGCAGAAAGAAACUGAUCAAAAUAUAUCAUUGGCGUUUCGAGACCUCACAAAACUUAUGGAUAUGGCUAAAGACAUGGUGGCCAUCUCAAAGACAAUCUCUGCUAAAAUACGGGAGAGACAAGGUGACAUAACGGAAGAUGAAACUGUCAGAUUUAAGGCUUACCUAAUGAGCUUAGGUAUCGACGACCCAGUGACAAGAGACGCGUAUAAAAGCAGUAAUGAGUACUUUGAACAAUUAGCAAAGCAACUUGCAUACAUCUUAGAAGAACCAAUAAAGGAAGUAGGCGGUAUGAUGACACUUACAGAUGUUUAUUGUCGUGUAAAUAGAGCAAGAGGUAUGGAACUUUUGUCUCCUGAGGAUUUAUUACACGCCAGUAGACGUUUGGCGCCCUUAAGUUUACCGAUCGUGUUAAGGAGCUUUGAUAGUGGUGUUAUGGUUCUCCAAAUUCAUUCUCACGAUGAUAACGCUGUCGUGGAUCGCAUAACGGAAUUGUUGAAGGAAAGAGAAUCUAUGACGGCCGAAGAUCUUGCGCAAUCGGAGGGUAUAUCAGUAUUGUUAGCGCGCGAGCGAUUGCUAGUCACGGAAAAGUACGGCAAAGCGUGCAGAGAUGAUUCGAUAGAAGCUUUGAAAUUCUAUCCGAAUCUAUUUUUAGAAGAGAUAUCUAACGACUAAUUUUUAGCUGCCAUCCAGAAGAAUAAAGUUAAAAAAAAUUGAAAAAUUAAAUUAUCUUAAAUUAUAUGAGAUUAUGUGCAUACGUGUGUGUAUGUGUACUCCUGUGAAGAUGAAAUAAAUUUUAUAUCUAUAUUAACAUAAUCUCUCUUGACACGCUUGAAACGAAAAUGCUGAUUGAUGGAAAAAAUUAAGACAACAUGUGUAUAUAUAUGUGAU